AUGUUCAAUGUCCUGGACAGCAAGCAGACUUGGUUGGGGAUCAAAGUUGAGGGUGACAAGAUCUUUACCAAGAAGGAGUUGUUAGAGAAGGGCGAGAACAACACCAUCUUUGUGCUUGGUUUUGCUAGCAACUGGAGCGCGAAUGCAGAGAAGGCAUCAGAUAAGGCCAACAAACGACUGAAGACUCAGUCCGGUGAUGCAAAGCCAGCAGACACAGAUGCUGCCACCGAUCAAAGUGUCUUCAUGAAUGUUCCUUGGGAUUUCUUGAAGGAUUUCCAGCUUCGCUUCUUCGGGACUGUGGGGCUAGAGUCUAAGGGAGCAGCUGUCCCAUUGGUCACUGAAAAGGACAAGGAGAUGGCACCUUCACUUCCUUGGCAGCUCUUUGGUCAGGGAUGGGAUUCCUUGAUGGGGUCUGAGAUGCCUUGCUUGGCCUUCAUCGUUCCAUUGGCAAAGAUGAAAGGCAAAACUGGGAAGGCCAGCAAGAUCAAAACGGUACAGUUUCUCAGUGGAGCAUCAGCUAGCAAGCCCACUGAAUCUGAUGCGUGUGAAGAAAUGGCUGCAGAAGCGAUGGGAUUGUCUCGCAAAGGUGGUGCAAAGAGGAAGCCCAAGCGAAAGGCGUCCAAAGACAAGGGCACCAAAAGCCAAGUGCUUUCUGACAGCAUCACCUUCAUUGAGGCACCGUUGCUGACUUUUGAUGAUUCACAAGAGCUUCCAGUCACACUGCGGUCUGGGAAGAGCAUCAAGAUCAAUUGCCCGGCGCUUGUGAUCAACAAGGUUGCUUUGGAUGAAGCAAAGACUAAAGAAAUCAACACUCUGAAGCCAGAGGACGAGAAAGAGGCAGCUGAGAUCAAGCAGAUUCAGGAUGGCGGGUACUACAUCCCUGUCCAGCAAUGUGGUGAGUCCUUCUAUGUGGCUCUGAAUCGAGGACAUUUGCCAGCUGAGCGGUUGAAGCUCGCCGAAGGUUCCACUGAUAUGGAGGAAAUUCAAUUGACAGAGGCUCACAACCGCACAAUGUCCAAGUGGGGUGACUUGAGUGUGUGGCAAGGCUGUGUAGAUGUUGUGACGAAGCAUCUUGGGACAGAAACCACAAGUGCUCGCGCGGGACGUGGCAACAAAGUUGCCAAGGAUUUUAAGCAUUUGAUGACCUAG